GCUGACGUGGCGCUGCCCCGCGCGGCGCGUGCGCACGCGGCCCUUCCGGAGCGGAGCAGGAUGGUGCUGCUGGAGAGCGAGCAGUUCCUGACGGAGCUUACCAGGCUCUUCCAGAAGUGCAGGACUUCCGGCAGCGUUUUCAUAACGCUGAAGAAAUAUGAUGGCCGAACAAAACCGGUUCCACGCAAAGGCCACGUAGAAACUUUUGAACCAGCAGACAAUAAGUGUCUCCUAAGAGCUACUGAUGGAAAGAAGAAAAUUAGCACAGUGGUGAGCUCAAAGGAAGUAAAUAAAUUCCAGAUGGCAUACUCAAAUUUGCUAAGAGCUAACAUGGAUGGCUUGAAGAAGAAAGACAAGAAAAGCAAGGCCAAGAAGAGUAAAGCAACACAGUGAUGGGGCAGUGUGCUACCAUCACUAUAAUAGACUUGACCCUUGCUCAAAGCAAAGUCCGUUUCUUUUUGAGUUACCACUUGUCUUUGGCUUUCCUUCCAGCAGGAUACUGGGAUGUGAUCAGUACUUUUGUUUAAACUGAGAGCAGAGGUGCUUUCUUUGGGUUGUUGUAUGGCAGGAGUAUGUACAGCAUUAUACUGAACUAGCUUUACACUCAGUUGAACUGUACUUACACUGCUGCUGUUUACUCUGCAGUGUAAAACCUGUCUGGGGGUAGCACAGGGUGAAGACAAAUGCACCGUACCAGAAACAAAACAGGACUGGAGCAGGAGCCUCAGUGACAGAUGCCCAGUUUUAUAGAUAAGCCUCAACAGUUCUAGGGAAAGCAGGUCCCAGCAUAUUAUGAGGAACAGCUGCUUUCCUGUUUCUGUCUUAAUCUGAGGGUCAUGUCUACAUGAUGCAGUGCAGAUAUCCCCAAGGCAGCCAGCACAGUGCUCCAGUUCCUGCAAAGCCCUCAUGGCAUGCCGAUCCAGCUGUUCUGACCUGGACUUGGGGUGGGGGGAGGGUAGGACUGCAUCCUGUUCCCUUCAGACAUGGCUUAAAAAUGCUCAUGUCACCUAAAUUUUUUUUACAAAACAUCAUCCUUCAGUAUAUUCAGGGAUCUGGAUUUUCCUUCCUUCAUAUGAGCAGAUGUAAAAAGUAAAUAUGUAAUUGCUCCUAUUAAACAUAACGAGAAAUUAA